GUAUACAGCCUGGACCAAGUUUGUACCGAACAACCGCGUUCUAUAGUUCUGUAAAACAUGCGAGGCCGGGCGCACCGGUCAGUGGGCAUGCGCCCGAGCUCAGCAUGGGGAAUGCGGCGCCGGCCGUGCUCGUCUGCGUCGUGCCCGCCGUGCUCGCCUUCACCUCCCUGCGUUCCUCCGUCAAUUCGUACGCCGGCCCGUACAACAUCGUGUUCAAAGAGACGGCUCAGUGCCCCGCAGGCACCGUCGGCCCGGGCGGCGUGGUGGCCAACGUGACGGGCAACAUCCACCACUCGAGGACCAUCAAGGCCUCGGUGUUCGACGGCGCGCUCCUCGUGAUGAGGGACGUCGGCGUCGGCGACCUCGGGGUCAAAGUCGCCGUCGCCAAGUGGGACAGCGUCGCCGGCUGGAAGGAGAACUUCGUCCGCAUGGACGGCGGCGAGUAUUGCAACGUGCUGGUCACCAUUGGGAGGGAGGCCGCUUCGGAGGUGAGCCGCCACAACCCCAAGUUCCCCAAGAGCUGCCCGAUACCCAAAGGUACGUACAUUUUCAACAAUCUGAGCUUCGAUUUUUUACAACGCUGGGAACACUUUCCAGUCUUCCCCUACGGCCGGUUUAGAGGAGACAUGCUUCUUUAUGAUAUGAAAUCCAAGCAAAACAUAGUCGGAUGUUUCAGAGGUGUCAGCGAUAUUGUUCCGAGAAUGAAGAAAAGUUGAUAAUAAAUAAGUUUUCCAUCAAG